UUUUAAAGUUCACUUCAACCAUAAUUGUUAACUAUAAGUUAUUUUAGUAAUAAAAUUGAAAGGUCCAAGUACAGCCCUGUACUGUGCAGCCAGUGCAGGCUCCCCCGGCCGCGUGCAAUGGCUAGACAAAUCUGCGUCUCUAUAAAAGGGACAGGUGAUUAGACGAGUAAGUACAAUCGGGCGCACACGCCGCCUACCGACACAUGGGAUAUUAUCACAGUUGCUUAUCCUGAAUUAUCAAGUGUUACCUACAAAAUGAAAAUGAGGGUGUUAGUACUGUUGGGAGUGGUGGCUGUAGCAUUAUCAGCGCCACAACAGCCUGGUGAAAAAGUCAUAGCAAUCAUCGCACAAGAUUUCGACCAGCAACCGGAUGGAUCCUACCGAUACAGCUACGAGACCGAGAAUGGCAUCAAAGCUGAGGAAACGGGCUCAAUAAAGAAGGCCAGUAGUCCUGAAGCGAGUGACGUCAUCGUAGCGCAGGGCGGGUUCAGCUACACGGCGCCAGAUGGCACUGUUAUCAACCUGAAUUACAUCGCCGAUGACGACAACGGUUUCAAACCUGAGGGCGCACAUCUGCCGACUCCUCCUCCGAUCCCGCCAGCAAUCCAGAAGGCUUUGGAUUACCUAGCGACCCUCCCCCCUCCGCCCCCAUCCAGAACCUAAUAACUUGAGACGAGCCCGACGACCUGAUCAUCUGAACAUCCAACGUACCUGUUACCCUACGAAUACUCCAUGCUAUUCCGAAAACAGAAUUUAAUCAUGCUCCAAAUACGAAAAUAAAGUAUCUGAACCAAAAAGUAUUUACUCGAA